ACAGUGCGCUACUUGUGGCCGAUCGCCUUCGGGGGCUUGCGCCACUUGCGGCGAUCUCGGCACCGGUACGGCCAGCCAGCGUGCUCGGGUUGCGCUAUGUUCGCUACCGUAAAGCCGUUCGGAGGGCUCGUCACGCCGAAGUUCGCCUGCGUCAUCAUCGGCUAUGUGAGCGCGGCGCUGUCUAUGGGCGGGUCCCUGGCCGCCUUCAUGCGGAUCCUGGUGGCCUCCAGUGACAGCCGCAUCAUACCCGACUACCAAGGGUCGGUGAAAGUGAACACAAUGCUAUUCCUGUUUCCUUGUAUAUACUGCCUUUUGAGGACUUCGACUUGCAUUCUUCUCAUCUGGGGAUCGAAGAUCGAGCGUGCCCAGCUCGUGCUUCCCUGGAUAGUCACGGCCAUUGUCGACCUCGUGCUUUGCGUCGUUGGCAUGGUCGUGCUUGGAAUCGCCGCUACGCAGAAUGGUGCCCAGGUCUUUGGAGACGGCUACUCCGAGUGGUUCGCCAGUGGGGCUGGACUCUGCGCGUUGCUUUUCCUUUUAAUGGUGUACUUUGUGAUCUGCGUGAUGUCGUACUUCGAAGACCUGCUCAAGAAGCCUAACACAAACUUUUUCAAGGGCCCCAGAUGGAACGCAGUGAUGCGCGAAUGGGGCCACAAGGAGGCCGCGGCGGGCGCCACCGUGAACACGGCCUUCGAGGCAGCCUGAGCCGUGCGGGCUACACACUGCGGGAAUCUCAAGUGGCAGAGGGACGCAAGCUGCCACGCAGUCAUCAUCGCCCAACGACCUCCACAUGGUCCGAGGGGGGAUGUCAUACCCAAUUGUUUACAAACGAAAAAGAAAAAGCAUUUUCAACCUUCA